UGUUGCAGCCGGAACGGUCCGAGCGCGGUCUCGGUUGCCGCGGGGGUGGUGUUCGGGAACGGACCGGUCCCUGAGUGUCAGAAUGGCGGCAGAUUCCUCUUCUCCUUCGGCGCCUCGGCGGCUGAACGUGAACGUGGGCGUCCUGGGCCACAUCGACAGCGGGAAGACGGCCUUGGCGCGGGCCCUGAGCACGGUGGGCUCCACCGCCGCCUUCGACCGGGCCCCGCAGAGCCGAGCCCGCGGCAUCACGCUGGACCUGGGCUUCUCCUGCCUCUGCACCCCGCUGCCCCCGCACCUGGGGCCCGGGCCGGGCCUCCUGCAGCUCACCCUGGUGGACUGCCCCGGACACGCCUCCCUCAUCCGCACCAUCAUCGGCGGUGCCCAGAUCAUUGACCUGAUGAUGCUUGUGAUAGAUGUGACAAAAGGGAUGCAGACUCAGUCAGCAGAAUGCUUGGUGAUUGGGCAGAUUGCGUGCCAGAAAAUGAUUGUGGUUUUGAACAAAAUAGAUCUUCUCCCUGAAGGUAAACGACAGGCUGCCAUUGAGAAGAUGACCAAGAAAAUGCAGAAGACUUUGGAAAAUACCAAGUUUCAUGGAUGCCCUAUAGUUUCUGUUGCUGCAAAACCUGGAGGACCAGAAGCCCCAGAAACGGUGACUCCAGUAGGAGUUUCUGAACUAAUUGAGGUCCUGAAAGCAGAGGCUUACUUACCAAAAAGAGAUUCCUCAGGACCUUUCCUCAUGGCUAUUGACCACUGCUUCUCCAUUAAAGGUCAAGGCACUGUGAUGACAGGAACUAUUCUUUCCGGCUCUGUUAGUGUUGGGGACAAUGUGGAGAUCCCUGCCCUGAAGGUAACCAAGAAAGUCAAGUCCAUGCAGAUGUUUCAUACUCCGGUCACUUAUGCCAUGCAGGGUGACAGAGUAGGAAUCUGUGUAACUCAGUUUGAUCCAAAGCUGUUGGAACGUGGCUUGAUCUGUACUCCUGAAUCUCUCCAGACCAUUCAUGCUGCUAUCAUCUCUUUAAAGAAAAUUCCAUAUUUCCGAGGCACUCUUCAGACAAAAGCUAAGUUUCAUAUCACAGUGGGCCAUGAAACUGUUAUGGGAAGAGUCAUGUUUUUUAGCCCUGCUCCAGAUGACUUCAAUGACGAACCCAUGGAGAACAGUUUGAAUUUUGGCAAGGAAUAUCUUUACCAAGAAGAAUAUCUUUGGAGAGACCCAAAAUCUUCAGAAGAAAACAAGGAGAAUGACCAAGCUGGAGAAAGACAGAUCCCUAAACAGCAGUGGGCUUUACUUGAGUUUGAAAAACCAGUCACUUGUCCUAAAUUGUGCCUUGUGAUUGGCUCAAAGCUGGAUACUGAUAUUCAUGCAAACACUUGUAGGUUAGCAUUUCAUGGUGUACUCCUACAAGGAAUGGAAGACAAAAAUUAUGCAGAGACAUUUCUUCCAAAGCUCAAAGUUUACAAGCUGAAACAUAAAGAAGGGCAAGUGGAACGGCUCUGUGAUGAUUACAGUGUGAUUGGUCGUUCACUGUUUAAAAAAGAAACAAACAUCCAGAUAUUUGUGGGGCUGAAAGUCAAGCUAUCUACAGGAGAAGAAGGCCUAAUAGAAGGUGGAUUUGGACAGAGUGGAAAGUUUAAAAUUCGCAUUCCAGAUGGGGUGAAGCCAGAAACAAAGGCGCUCCUGACUACCAUCUCCAAGAAGAAGCCCAAGGCAGGGAAGGGGGAUACACCAAAAGAGGAUGAAAGCAGCAGGGUUGACUCAGUCCAGCCUGUUCAUAUCACUCUUCUCUUUAAAAGAUAUGUCUUUGAUUCACAGAAGAAAAUGAUUCAGUCUUGAGAAACAUCUGAAGUGUCCUUUAAAGGUUGGAUACCAAAAUCACUUGCAAGUCAGUUCCCAUGGACUAAAGACCAUUUCUUGUUGAUUACUGCUGGCCCAAGAUACCAUGGAUAUUUUUUGUUCUAACCUGCUGUGUUGCAGAAAGAUAGGACCUGUUACUAUUGCUCUUUUACAGCUAAUUCAAAUGCACUGUCUUAUAUGCAAGCUCUCUUGUUCUCUCUCUCUUUCUCAAUCUCACACACACACACACACAAAGCCCGAUCUAUAACUAAACUUUCUCAUAUAUUAUGAUAGAAAUGAGAAAGUAAAAAAGGCAAACAUGGCACAAUCAAACUAAAUGAGGUGUUUAAAUUCCCUUAUAUAUAAUAAUCCAAAUGUAGUAUUUGUAAAGCAGGGAUUACUUUGUAAAUGAGGUUUGUAUCUUGAGCACCAUUUAUAACUGGCUUCAGUGUCAAAACAUCUUUAGGGAUGUACAUAAUUUCAUGGUAUGCAUUGUAAACCUUUGCUGUUUCCCGGGUUCAGAUCUGCUUUUGUGUAAUACUUUUGUACAAGCUUUUCAGAUCUGCUGGCUAAUGUUUUCCUCUAGGAAAACUGAUAAUAUAAGCAACUCGGAUCUACUAUUGAGUAUUUCUGGUCGUCAGUGUUGCUCAACGUAUCUAAAAGCAUACUGUUAUCAUCAAACUGUCAAAUUAUGAGAAUUAAAACAAAACCAAAAAUGC